CUAUAUAACGUCGAUAUGACCGUAGAGAAGCCCUCUGUCUAUCCUCAUCCAGAUAUCAUGAACCCCUUCGGCCAUCUCGGUCACCACCACCAUCGGCGAGAUGAGGAGGAGGAGGAGGAGCGCCGCUUUCCUCCGCCUGGAUACUAUCCACCAGCUCCCGAUCAGCCCUACUUCGGCGGUCCCCCUUAUCCACCGGCCGUGCAGCACGUGUCUCACGAGGGCGGACAUGGAUACGGUCCGACCCCUCCCAUCUACCCUCCUCCUCCUGGAUCAUACGGCGAGAGGAGUUACAGCGGUGACCCGUCUCACCACGGUCCUCCGCCUCCCAUAUACCCUCCCGUUCCGGCUCCUGGGCACCCAGGAGAAGUGGGGCACCAUCACCAUCAUCACCAUGGUUUCCCGCACUUUCCCGGUAUUCAACACGUGAGCCACCACAGUUGGGAGGAAGGGGCUGCGCCUCAUGGGCAACCGACGGUGAGGAUUUACACCAAGGCGGAGCCGAACUUUUCUCUCUCCAUCAGAGAUGGGAAGGUUAUCCUCGCCCGCAACAAUCCCGCGGACCCUUACCAGCACUGGAUCAGAGACUUAAGGUACAGUACCAAGGUGAAGGAUGAAGAAGGCUUCCCAAGCUUUUCUCUGAUUAACAAGGUUACUGGCGAAGCUAUCAAACACUCUAUUGGAGCAACCCAUCCUGUUAGGUUGAUUUCAUAUAAUCCCAACUAUCUAGAUGAGUCAGUUCUGUGGGCUGAGAGCAAGGACUUGGGUGAUGGCUUCCGAUGCAUAAGGAUGGUAAACAAUAUUCGCUUGAAUUUUGAUGCCUUUCAUGGCGACAAAAACCACGGAGGGGUAAAAGAUGGAACCAUUGUUGUUCUAUGGGAGUGGCUGAAGGGAGAUAACCAAAGGUGGAAGAUUGUUCCUCACUGAAAUAUUCGGAGAUCUUCUGUGGCGCUGUAUUCAUGUCUGGUGAUUCUUGAUUUUAUCAUGCUAUUCAGAAUAUAACUUAGCUUUCAUGUGUGUAAUCUCAGUCUCUUAGCAUGAGCAGAUAUUUCUAGUCAGACCUUGUGUUCUUUCCUUUACAUUUUCAUGCUAUCCCAACGUCAUCAAACCCUGCCAGCCUUCUUGUGAUCAGAUGGUGUUGUCAGUUAUGUCAUUAUUAAUUGGAUUACAAAGACUAUGAUGAAAUUAAAUAAAUUUUAUGAAAUCAAGAAUAUUGUUGAUAUGA